CUCUCAGUAUCAGUCAAAACCCAGUCUCCAUUUCCAACCUUGCCAAAAACCAGAGCUUCAAAGCUCUCGACUUUCCUCCAAUGGCUUCCAUCAACUUCAACCCUUUUGAGGGCUGGUUCCGAAAACCCCCAAACCCACUCCCACCCAUCAACCUUCUCUCCCUCGCCGACUCAUUCUUCCCCAAAACCCCAACCCCCACCCCCCAAUUCGCCUCCCUCAGCCUCUCAAACCCCUUCAAAUCCCCCAAAAAACCCGACCCGAAAUCCGAACCCGAGCCGGAGAAGCCCGGGCACUACACCCAGAUGCUGGAGCAGUUCUUCUGGGAAUGCGGGAACCUACCCGAUUACAGACACACUCCAGAAGUGGACAAGAUUCUAGACUCCGACCCGAUUCUGGAGAAGAAGGAAAACCCGACUGAGGAGGAGAUUAGAGAGAACGAGAAGUUCUGGGAGGAGUUUCGGGCCAGCCCGGUAAUCAAGUUCUUGACCCGGGCCGAGCAGAUUGCCGAUAAGAUCAAUGAAAUGGAGCUGAAGGAGAACGAGAGGCCGUACAGGAGUGAGGACAAGAAGCUGUGGCAGGCUGUGCCGAAUGUUAUUGGGCCGGACGGGAGGCCCAUGCCGAGGAAGGCGAUUAAGACGAAGAAGGAGUCUGAUGAUAAGUUCUGGGAUUUUGCAAGGCAGUUCUUUUUCGGGCUUUGGGGGUUCCAGCAGAGGCCGUACCCGCCGGGCCGCCCCAUUGAUGUGGCUCAGGCCAUUGGGUACAAGAGGCUUGAGAAGAGAUACUAUGAUUUUGCCAUGAGGAGUGGUGGGUGGUUUUAUAAGGACCGGUUGGGUCGAACAAGAGGUCCAUUGGAGCUUAUAACACUCAAAACAGCAUGGGGUGCUGGGAUUAUUGAUAAACACACAUUCAUUUGGGGUGAGGAUAUGGAUGAAUGGGCUCCGAUUCACAUGGUUUAUGGGAUGGAACGUGCUAUUGCCACCUGGGAAGUUAGACUCGGUGCUGCUGCAACUGCUUUUAUUCACAAACUACAAAAAGGAAUCCCUCCUUGGGUUCCACUAAAGGGAUUUGAGGAUAAAACCUAUAAGCAAUUACAAGAAGAGGCUGUAGAAAGCAAGAGACGUGACUUAGCAGUACUUGAAGCAAAUGAUGGUGUUUGGCCGGGUGUUAGAACUCCUAGUCAUGCGUUAUUUCUUUGGGCUAGUGGCUCUGAGCUAACAACAAUUUUGGAACAGGAUCACAUGCCAAACAAAUACAUUCCUAAAGAUCUUAGGCUCGAGCUCUCUAGAAUUAUCCCUGGUUUAAGGCCAUGGGAGGUUUUGAGUGUGGAACAAGCAAUGGAUCAGAUAACAUACGAGGGAGAGUGGUAUCGCGAACCUCUUGGUACAUACACGACUGGCCCUCCAUACAUUCGAGAAUGGAAUAUGGAUGUCCAGAGACUGUAUAGGAUCUAUACCAACCUAAGCACCCGAGUCUACCAGAAAUUGGAGAGAUCAAUUCCUGGUUUUGAUAAAGUAAUGGAGAAGGUCCAAGCUGAUGCUGCUGCAAGAGAUCAGAGGCGGAAGGCUAGAAGAGCUGCAGAGAAGCAAGCCGAGCUGGAAAAAUCCUUUGGUGGAAUUCGAACUGGUCCUGAAAAUGACCCUUGAUCAUAUUUCCAUGUACUGAAUGGUAACAUCCCAAAUUCCCAUUUGAGAUUAUAAAGUGGCUUGUGAAUGCAUGGAAGGAUGUUUAGGCAGAUAUAAAUGGCGAACUUUUCUCCUUUCACUAGGAGCAAUUAUAACUGUAAGUUCUGUAUCAGCCUCUCUUUUCAAGUUUCAAUUUUUGUAAGAGACCAUGACAAAUAGUUGAUCCUUUUGUCAACCCGGUAUUCACGAUAGUAAUGUGAUUCUGAAGAGUCCAAUUUUCUGUUUGUUA